CUCCGCCCCGCCCGGCCCGCGCAUGCUCACCACCACUCCCGGCGGCCGUGACGUUACGGGAGGCGCUUGCAGCCGGGCGGUGGGGCGCGCACGCGGGCCGGGGGUGGGCCUGGGCGGCGGCGGCCAUGGAGGCGCUGGACCGCGUGCUAAAGCCUAAAACUAAGAGAGCAAAAAGGUUUCUUGAGAAGAGAGAACCCAAACUCACAGAAAAUACGAAAAAUGCUAUGCUUAUAAAAGGAGGAAAUGCAAACUUAACAGUGACUGAAGUGCUUAAAGACAUUUAUGCUGUGAAGAAGCCUUUUGCUGUACUGUAUAAAAAGAAAAAUAUUACCAGACCUUUUGAGGAUCAAACAUCAUUGGAAUUUUUUUCGAAGAAAUCGGACUGUUCAUUGUUUCUGUUUGGAUCUCAUAACAAGAAGCGACCUAAUAACUUGAUAAUAGGUCGCAUGUUUGAUUAUCACGUCUUAGAUAUGAUUGAGCUAGGCAUUGAGAAGUUUGUAUCUCUAAAAGAUGUCAAGAACAGUAAAUGUCCUGAAGGAACAAAACCUAUGUUGAUAUUUGCUGGUGACAUAUUUGAUUUAAAUGAAGAAUACAGAAGACUGAAAAGCCUUCUUAUUGAUUUCUUCAGAGGUCCUAACGUGCCCAGUAUUCGUCUGGCUGGUUUAGAAUAUGUUCUGCAUUUCACAGCUGUAGAUGGCAAAAUUUAUAUGCGAAGCUAUAAAGUGCUUCUGAAGAAAUCUGGCUGUAAAAUACCAAGGAUUGAACUGGAAGAGAUGGGACCUUCAUUAGAUCUGGUUAUGAGGAGAACACACUUAGCUUCAGAUGACCUUUAUAAGCUGUCUUUAAAACAACCCAAAGCCCUGAAAGCUAAGAAGAAAAAGAAUAUCUCCCAUGAUGUCUUUGGUACAACUUAUGGUCGAAUCCACAUGCAGAAGCAAGAUCUUGGUAAACUACAGACGAGGAAAAUGAAGGCGUUAAAAAAGAGGCCAGCAGAGAAGUCAGUUGAAGAAGAUGGUGGGAGUAGUCCCAAGAAAACAAAAUCUGCUUGAUAGUCUGGAACAGCUCUGAAAACUCUUCAUACCUUCAAAUUUAGUAUAUAUUCUGGAAUAUAUAUGUGUCAGACAUGGAAGAUUCAGCUGCAACUAGCUUAGUUUUAUAUAAAAAAAAUCUUUUUAAUGACUUGUCAUUUGAAAGUGAAUGUAGGGAUAUUGAGCUUUAAAGUGGAAUUUGGUUAUUAAAAGAAGUAAUGUGAUAUAACUCAGUUUUCCAAAGCUGAAUAUUUCUUCUACUGGUGUUAGCAAACAUAUGCUAGUUAAGCAGGUGACUUAUUUCCCAAACAGCUUUAUGGCUGUUAUGUUGGGAACCCUUGAUCAAUCAACUCAUCUUAAAAAUUCUGUCCAGGACCAAAGUAGUAUAUAUGCAUAAUUUAUGCGACAUGACUUUGGGGUUCAUUUAUUGUUUAUGUAUUUCAGUUUUUGCACAACUACAAUAUUCAAUAAACUAUAAAACAUUUUCUUAA